AUGGCUGUCUGCAAAUGCACAGGGCACGCUCGACUGCAGAUACAGACACGGCUGUCUGCAAUUCCAAGGGGCACGCUCGACAGCGGGUACAGGCACGACUGUCUGCAAUUCCAAGGGGCACGCUCGACAGCGGGUACAGGCAAGACUGUCUGCAAUUCCAAGGGGCACGCUCGACAGCGGGUACAGGCACGACUGUCUGCAAUUCCAAGGGGCACGCUCGACAGCGGGUACAGGCACGACUGUCUGCAAUUCCAAGGGGCACGCUCGACAGCGGGUACAGGCAUGGCUGUCUGCAAUUCCAAGGGGCACGCUCCACAGCGGGUACAGGCAUGGCUGUCUGCAAAUGCACGGGGCACGCUCGACUGCAGGUACAGGCACGGCUGUCUGCAAUUCCAAGGGGCACGCUCCACAGCGGGUACAGGCAUGGCUGUCUGCAAAUGCACGGGGCACGCUCGACUGCAGGUACAGGCACGGCUGUCUGCAAUUCCAAGGGGCACGCUCCACAGCGGGUACAGGCAUGGCUGUCUGCAAAUGCACGGGGCACGCUCGACUGCAGGUACAGGCACGGCUGUCUGCAAUUCCAAGGGGCACGCUCCACAGCGGGUACAGGCAUGGCUGUCUGCAAAUGCACGGGGCACGCUCGACUGCAGGAGGAAACCCACGUGGACAUAGAGAGAUGAUAUAAACUCCACGUUCACAGAACCGAAGCCAAGAGUUGAACCCAGGGCCCUGCAGCGCUCACUACUGAUUCACUGUUCCACAAUAAUGGACCCAUUUUCAAAGUGCUUAUCCAGUACAGGGUUAUGGCGAAUCUUAGGUGCUUUUACUCUGUCGGAACUUAUUUCAGGAACCAGAAAAUUUUUUCGGAACCAGGGACUUGUCGUGUUCACAUUGUAGGAACUCAGUCCAAUUGUAGUUCCUCAGAGACAGUUCCAGAACCCUUUUUUAGUCCCUACGCCAGACUAGGUACUUCUUGUUCAAACACAAACUACUGGGGAGGCACUCACAGUGAUAGCUUGCUAACUGGUUGACUACAAACACCAGUGCUAACUUGCAAGCAGAAGUGCAGGAAAAGACAGCGAAAAUUAAACAAAUAAUUGUACCCCAAUUACGUUUAAUGCAUUAAUUAAU